AUGGAUAAUAAAAUUCGUGUUAUAUUGGGCGCUCUUAAUCAAGAAAAUGAUAAAGUACUCUUAAAUGAAGUCUACCAAUUGCUGAAAUAUGGUGUCGAAGUGCGCGAUGACUCUGUGGACGCUAUCCAAGCUAGUUGGUAUGUCUUAACUGCGGAAGUCGCUUUCGAGAGAGGCUAUCGAGCGUUAGCCAAGGACUGCUUGGAAAUGUUCUUCAGGAAAUCUCCACCCGAAGACCAAUUUCUUGGAAGGGGAUAUUUAUGCCAAGCUCAGCUUCAUGCGCCAGUAUCCAAGAAAGACACUGAAAAUUUGGAAGUUGCAGUAUCGUAUAUUACUAGGGCAAUCAAUUUUGCUAGAAAGACUACUAGUUAUUUAUUGGAAGUUUUGUCGGCCAUUUUUAACAGCUGGCCACAGACACCAUUAUCAAAAUCUCUACAUAACAUAGUCAAAGCUUUAGAUGAUAUAGAUGAUAAAGAUUACGAAUGGAGAACUAAACUUCUGAUUGCUUUAAUUGAAUGCCACAUUGAUGCUGGAAGAAGAGAAGAUGCGAUCAAUGUUGCUCAAGUUGCUGCUAGUUUCACGAAAUCGCAUAUUCCGGAUACAUUUAAGGAUAUUUUCGAGUUACAGAUUGUGCACAGAUUGGCUGAUCCUCAAAAAUUAGUAAAAGAUGCAAAACUCGCUAUAAAUUUAAAUAUACUAUAUCGUAUGAAGAGAUUAAGACUGUGA